AACUUUUAAAGCAGGGAUCCCCAGUAACCUCCGUGAUAGCCUGUGACUGUGGCCGGAGUACUUUACAACUGAACAAACUAAUUGGACUACGUCUGCAAAAAAAUCCAUAAAAAUCAUAAAGUUCUAACUUCUUCCCGACUCUUCAUAUAGGCAUAAGACCACCAAACCUGCUCCAUCAUGGGAAAAGAUAACAGUGUUUUGCUCUUUGUCUGGAUAUAUUUUUGUAACAUUUUUGUAAGUUUUGCAACUAGCCCUGAAACAACCACCAUAGAGCCCACACCUUUUAGUGCAACUUUUGAUAACUCCACAGCCAACUCCACAGACUGGAUGCUGGACUUCAGUGACAUUGAAUCCAAGUUUGCGUUGAGGACACCAGACAUGCCUGAAGAUGACAUGUGUUAUAUCGUCCCGGGACAGAGCGACACGAUUAAAGAGUGUGAAUUCAACCCAGAAAACAAGACCUUCAUAGUUAUCCACGGAUGGACGGUGACGGGGAUGUAUGAGAGCUGGGUGCCAAAGCUGGUGAUGGCUCUUCAUGAACGGGAGCCCAUGGCUAACGUCAUCAUUGUGGACUGGCUCACACGCGCACAACAACACUACACCACCUCAGCCGCCUACACCAAGCUCGUGGGCAGAGACGUGGCCAAAUUUGUCACCUGGCUACAGGGAGAGGUUGAUUAUCCCUGGGAAAGGAUCCAUCUGCUGGGAUACAGUCUUGGAGCCCAUGUCGCCGGGAUCGCAGGCCUGCUAACACGGAGCAAAAUCAAUAGAAUCACAGGAUUGGAUCCGGCCGGCCCCAGUUUUGAGUACGCCGACGCGCAGAGCACCCUGUCGCCUGACGACGCCAACUUUGUGGAUGUUCUUCACACCAACACGCGGGGCUCUCCCGACCGGAGCAUCGGGAUCCAGAGGCCCGUCGGACACAUAGACAUUUAUCCCAACGGAGGAACGUUCCAGCCCGGCUGUGACCUCCAGAACACCGUGAAGAUGAUCGCCUUCACCGGCUUCCAAAAUAUGGAUCAGAUAGUGAAAUGCUCUCAUGAGCGCUCCAUCCACCUCUUCAUCGAUUCUCUGGUGAAUGAACACAUGCAGAGCUUUGCUUAUCGCUGCAACUCCAAAGACGCUUUUAACAAGGGCAUGUGUCUGAGCUGCCGCAAGAACCGCUGCAACAAAGUCGGCUACGGCGUCAACAAAGUACGUGCGCGACGCAGCAGCAAAAUGUACCUGAAGACCAGGGGCAUCAUGCCCUACAAAGUUUUCCAUUACCAAGUGAAGGUCCAUUUCUUCGGCAAGGAUAAGAUGAGUUUCACUGAGCAGCCAAUGCAAAUCUCUCUGUAUGGUCUCCAUGGAGAAAAGGAGAACAUCCCUUAUGUCCUGCCUUCCCUGGCCACCAACACGACUGUGUCCUUCCUGCUGACCACAGACGUGGACAUCGGUGAACUGCUGAUGGUGAAGAUCCAGUGGGAAAAAGACUCUCUCUUCCGCUGGUCUUGGUGGGGCACCAACACCUUCCACAUCCGUAAAAUCCGGGUCAAAUCCGGAGAGACACAGGCUAAGGUCAUCUUCAGCGCUAAGGAGGGAGAGUUUGCCUACAUGUCCCAAGGUGGAGAACCUGCUGUGUUCGUGAAGUCCAAAGAAGCCCAGUCGAGCCGCAAAGAAAGAAAGUUGCACAAGCUGAAGAUGGAAGGAAGCUCCUUCAAAAAGGAUGGAGAGUAGAGAAGCACUUAAAUUCCGCCUGUGGAAGUAAUGGAGAAAAGCCCAGGAGGGGAACGCUGGAGAGAGAGAGAGAGAGAGAGAGAGAGAGAGAGGCGGGCACUAAGCUGGGCUGGAUGUCCCGCCUCCGCCCAAGUAGCAACCAAUCAUCUUACAUCAAUCAUCACAUUCUCAAGCGCGUUCUGCAAGUAGUUUCUGUCUCUUUUCGCUGCUGCACAGUUUGGAACGAAAGACAUUUCUGUUCCGGUCUGUUCCAGUCACUCAAAAUUUCCAUAAAAUACUGCUGCCCAAGAGUCAAGCGAGAAAACACCUGUGUGAGACAUUACUCCAGCCUAUUCUGUGUGUGUGUGUGUGUGUGUGUGUGUGUGUGUGUGUGUGUGUGUGUGUGAGU